UAUCGUGAAAGGUUUCACCACAUAAUAUUCUUCGAGCCGGUGGUCUCCUCAUCUUCUCGACGUUCACAACUAUGCGAGGACUGUAAGMGCGGACUUCAGUCGACAUGGACAACCAACUGGAACACAUCCAGUUUUGGUGUUUACUGGGACUUUUGCAAUUCGCACCGUUGACAGUGGGGUUCAGCUUCGACAUUCGCUAUCCCAGAACAUUAAGUGUCUCGGACUCGGAGGCAGCAGGGUCCCAUUUCGGUUAUCGUGUCUGUCAGUUUGGACCGGCGCAGGGAGGCAGCAGUGUGUUGGUCACAGCUCCUUUUCAAGACAGUGGGACAGGAGUGGUUUACAGAUGUUCUUAUGAUAGUGGCACUUGUAAAGCUCUACCCGUACAAGUGGAGCCAGGAGUUUCAUUAGGAUUGUCACUAGCUUGUAAUGCUGACAGAGCUAUGGUGUGUGGACCACGUCGGAUCCAUGGCUGUGAUACUCUAAACUACCUCCAAGGACUUUGUGUUGAGCUGGGGCCACAGCUUACGGUCUCACAAACACUGAAGCCUGCCUUUCAAGAGUGCCGUGAGUUUGGCUUGGAUGCAGUGAUUCUGUUUGACGGAUCUCAGAGUAUCACAACCAGAGACUUUGUCACCAUGAUCGACUUCAUCAAAAACAUUAUUCGGAUGUUCACUGCACCCCGUGCACAGGUGGCAGUUGCUCAGUAUUCGACAGACACCAGUGCUGUCUUCCACUUUGAGGACUUUGUGUCUGACCCUAACCCUGACACCCUGAUGCAAUCCGUGGACCAUUUCCAGGAGGCGACAUACACCCCAUCAGCCAUCCGCUACGUUCUAGAAGAGAUGAUGACAGAAGAACGGGGGAUGAGGAAACAUUCCAGGAAGCUGUUGGUUGUGAUAACAGACGGCAAAUCUAACGACCCCAAAGAGACCUUUGACUCUGUCAUACCAUUGGCCGAGAUGAAGUCCGUCAUCAGAUUUGCUAUUGGGGUUGGGAAGCAAUUCUCUAGACAAGAGCUUGAGCAGAUUGCGUCUUUCCCAAACUUUGUAUUUGAGACAAACAGUUUUGAUGCUCUGAAAUCCAUUCAGAAUGAGCUUAGGGAGAAGAUCUUUGCAAUUGAAGGAAGUAACUCGACCAACUCCAGUUCUUUUGAACAGGAACUGUCCCAGGGAGGCUUUAGUACCACUCUCUCUGGGGGUGUGUCUCUGUUUGGGGCAGUAGGGUCAUACGCAUGGUCUGGGGGCAUUGUUGAGGCAGCCAGAGGAGUGAAUGCCACAUUCAUCAAUGCCUCUGCGCUGGAGACAGACAUGCAGAACUCCUAUCUAGGUUACUCGGUGGCAGUGGCUGAGACGGUGAAUGGCAGUAUAUAUUUUGCUGGAGCUCCCAGGUUCAACCACACUGGGCUGGUCCUGGUCUUCCAGAGGGACCCUCUCCAACAGGAGUGGACUGUCACCCACAGGAUACCUGGAUCUCAGCUUGGUUCCUACUUCGGGGCAGAGCUGUGUGUGUUAGAGAGCCAUGCUGGGCCAGGGGAGGGCCGUGCUGGGCUGCUGGUUAUUGGGGCUCCUUGGUAUCACGCCCAGGAUGUUGGGGGAGAGGUCCACGUCUGUACCCUGGAGACUGGAGCACCCAACUGCUCCCUCACCCUGCGUGGAGUCCAGGGGAAUGUCCAUGGUCAGUUUGGGACGUCUCUGUCCCCUUGUCCAGACCUGAAUGGGGACGGGUUGCCAGAGCUGGCUGUAGGAGCCCCGCUGGAGGACAGAGGACGUGGGAGUGUUUACAUCUUCCUGGGACGCCCUUGGGGCAUCCAGGCCAAAUACAGUCAGAGGAUCCAGGGAGUGAGCGGGAGAGCGGGUAGAGGGCUGCAGUUCUUUGGGGUUUCGGUGCACUCUGCUGGGGAUCUGAACUCAGACGGACUGGCUGAUAUGGUGGUGGGAGCUAAAGGAGCCGCUUUCAUACUGAGGUCCCAGCCAGUGAUGCGCGUGUUGGUGUCUGUCACCAUGGACCCUCCCAUGAUCUCCCAGAACUACUUCCACUGUGCCGUCCCCAUGGCCCUUAACACUCCCGUAACCACAGCCAUUCUGUGUGUGACUGUCACUGGGGCACACGUGGGAAACAUACAGGCUUCUCUCCAGGCAUCAGUGUCUGUGACAGUGGAUCUACUGGAGGAUCAGACCAGGACCAGGCCAGCCCGUCUGCGCUUCUACCCCAGAUCAACAUCCUCCAGCUGGGAUGAAACAGUUACAGGCACUGCCUGCCACAACUUCUCCCUCAGUAUCCCGGAUUGUAUAUCAGACUACCRUGAGGUGCCUCUGUCUGUUCAAUUGGCUGUGGAGGGUCUGGAGGUACCAGGGACAGGAGGACUGAAGUCAGUCCUGAGCCCAGACAACCCAACCUCUUUUGCACACAUGAUCUUGCUGGAGAAGGUUUGUGGCGAGGACCAUGUGUGUGUCUCUGACUUAUCAGUCAAUGUCACCAGUCCAGAGGUGGUGUGUAGCCAAGGUUUCCCAGUAGAAGUGUCUGUAGAGGUGGCUAACAGUGGAGAGGAUUCCUCUGAGGCUGAGCUGACACUGGUCCACCCCUCCUCCAUACCCUUCGUUCGUGCCAAACGGCCAUCAGGACCAGGCCAGUUGACUGUCUGGUGUGUGUCCAACACCACAGAACUAGAAAACAUCACACACACAGUGUGUCCCCUCAGCUCUAAUGUCCUGAGACAGGGGGCACGGGUGACAGUGUUGAUGUCAUUCACAGUGUAUGAGCCAUCCUGUUUGAGAGAAAGACUGGCUUUCAAUGUGUUUGUUACUACUGAUAAUGAAGGACAGGGCACCCUUCAGGAUAACUAUGCAAGCACCUCUGUAGAUGUCAAACUUCCUAUCAAUAUUGUUGUGAAAGGAGGAUACUCCUCCCAAUACAUAACUUUCCCAGACAACAAGCUUCUGGAGCACAUAUACAUGGUGGAGAAUAUAGGAAAUGUGGCCGCACCGGUCAAUGUUACAUUUGUGAUUCCAGUGGAGUUGGACUCUGGUUACGUGGAAUGUGUGGAGAAUAUAGGAAAUGUGGCCGCACCGGUCAAUGUUACAUUUGUGAUUCCAGUGGAGUUGGACUCUGGUUACCWGUGGAAUGUGUCUCUUCUUCAAACAGAUAACAGCAGAGGAACGUGUGAGAGRAAGGAGGUAUUCUCUAAACAGGAAAAAAACACUCUGUUUUAUCAGCACUGUAGUGGGGUCAUCUGUCAUCUGUUUGGCUGCACCAUAGGACUGUCGUCCAUCAAUCAGCCAACCAUCUUCAAGUUUGUUGGGAAUAUCAGUAGAAGCUCAGAGGGUUCCGCGGUGCAGCCGGUGGAGGUGGUCAGUUGGGGGUCGCUGUCCUUCGACCAGAGUGUCUACUCCCAGUACCCUGCCGUUGGUUCUCAGAGUGUGAAGAUUCUGUCCAUUCUGGAGACGACGCCUGAAUCCCACACUGCUCUCAUUGCUUCCAUCAGUGUUGUGUUUUCGCUGUUGCUACUGAUGAUAAUCUCUGGCGUUCUCUACAAGAAGGGCUUUUUCAAGAGCAGAAGAAUUGCCUCUGGUGGUGUAGAUUAUAGUACAGCUGUUCCUGGUCGGACUGCAGCCCCUGAUGAUGAACGUGGUCUGACCGCUGAUAUUACCCCAUUGGGGGAGAACACCCUGUAGCCCAGUGGCGGUCAGUGCCGUUUAAGUUGAGGGAGGAAGAUUUUUUUCAUGAGCAUGGCCUUAUUUCUAUUACAGCAUAUCGGAUGACUGUCAUUCAUACUCCAUUCACCCAGCGCAAUGUAACAUCGGAUAGGUUUAGGCUACUACAUGAUACUAGAAUUUUCCCUGUACCCAUCAUGAGGGUUCUACAACUUAGCCUAUGAA